UGUGUUUUGGGGCCGGGCUUCACGGGGCCCGGCGAGCGCAGGGUGAAGAUGGCCGUCUAUAACACCAUGAAGCCAGUGCUGCUCAACAACAUCUUCGCCUCCAUCGAGGGCAAAGUCGAACCUGAUCACUAUAUCAUCAUCGGGGCCCAGAGGGACUCGUGGGGCCCCGGAGCCGUGAAGUCUGGAGUGGGAACGGCCCUCCUGAUGGAGCUAGCCAGAACCUUCAGCAACAUGGUGGAAAACGGCUUUUACCCCAGACGCAGUUUGCUCUUCGUCAGCUGGGAUGGAGGAGAGUUUGGGAAUGUCGGUGCCACCGAGUGGCUGGAGGGUUAUCUGACCAUGUUGCACCUGAAAGCAGUGGCGUAUUUCAGUCUGGAUCAGGCAAUACUGGGUGAUGAUAUCCUCUCAGUCUACACCAGUCCUCUGCUCGCCGAUCUCAUCGAAGGAGCCCUCAAACAAGUGGAGCAUCCCAAACACACGGGUCAGUCGAUUCUCUCUCUGGUGCAGCGGCAGGGCGGCUGGAGGAACAUAGUGAAGCCGUUGUAUCUGAACAGCGGCGCGUACAGUUUCACAGCGUUCGGAGGAGUUCCUGCCAUGCAGCUGCAUUUCACUGAAGAGGCUCGUUCGUAUCCGUUCGUCAACACUCAGCUGGACAGCGUGGGUCGGCUGCAGGAGCUUCUUCAGGGUCGUCUGGGGUCAGUGGGUCGAGCUGUAGCUGAGCUGGUGGGUCUGAUGGUUCUCAGACUGUCGCAUGAUCAACUCCUGCCGCUGGAUGUCACCUGCUACAGCAACACAGUGCAGCAGCUCAGCUCCAAACUCAACCAGCACACCGCUCAGCUACAGUCGCGUGGUUUGUCUCCGCAGUGGGUUUUCAGCGCUCGAGGUGAUUACAGCAGAGCCGCCAAAAACCUGCACGAGGCCAUAAAGAACAGCGACAUUCAGGACGAGAGACUCGCCAGACUCUACAACACACGCAUUAUGAGGGUGGAGUACUACUUCCUGUCGCAGUACGUGUCGGUGGUGGAGACGCCGUUCCGUCACGUGUUUAACGGCCGCGGUGAUCACACUCUGAGCGCUCUGGCUGAUCACCUGUCGCUCCUGCGCUCCGCGCCGCACCUGUUCGACGAGGCCCGUUUCCGCCGCCAGCUGGCGCUCUUCACCUGGACGCUGCAGGGCGCUGCCAACGCGCUCAGCGGAGAUGUCUGGAACAUCGACAACCCGCUCUAGAGCUCCAGACACGGCCUUCAGCGUCUAUUUAUCAACUCGAAUCUGCUCAACGCUUUUCUAGUGAUGGUCUAGCGAGCGCUGGAUAUUAUCUCCUCGUAAAUUAAUUGUUAAUUAACAGUUAUGAUUGAGAAGAGAUUCUUUUUUUGUUACCAAGUGAUAAUGAGACUCUUAUGAAUGUGAGCAGUAAUUAUCGAGAGCAGUGACUCUCAUAAUUAUGACAGUCGUAGGCUACUGUCGUCCAAUCAAGAAGCAGCAUCUGCUAUCAAUCCACUCUGCUGUGCUGUCACGUGACCUCAGUUUUACCUGUACUGUUAUAGAUCACGUGCACCAGUCUGAUGUCAAACUCUGUUUACUGUAUUGAUCAGAUAUUGAUUAGAUUCUUACGAAUUUACGCACGUGCUGUAUGGUGCACUUCAAUAAAAACGUGUUGUACUUUUGUGUC